AUCGGAACAGAAACAGGAACAGGAGCGUGAGACAUGAAGACAUGAAACUAAUCCUUCUUUUUAAUCGCAGAGAACAACAAACCUUCCAAUGAAGAGGAGAGAAGAUACACAAUUUGCCUGAAGAAACAUGCAAAAUUCAGCAUCCAUGGGGCAUGAAAUACAAUCCCGUUCCUUUUUUCUUUCUUGUUAUGACUCAGAAAUGAAAAUAGGAAUGCCUCAUAUCUCAUAUACCAGAUACUUAACCACAUGGUGGUCAUUUUAUUUUAUUCUAAAGAGGAUUGUGUCAGGGUUUUAAGCCCUGUUGACUGAAAUAUCCUAUUGUGGAGGAUUUACCCUAACAAGCAAAGAUCUGCAUUUGUACAGUACAUGCUCACAGAGAUAUUGUCCGGGUGUCUGAGGGCGGAUCUCCAUCACUGGACCAAAGUACUCAGUGCAGGCUGCUUUUGUUAUAUUGAAUAACGUGCCUCCUCUUUUGACUGGGGCUGCUUCAUUUUGCUAUGGUGUUGUUUCGGUCUAUCAUAUACCACGCCUUUCGAAGAAACAGCAUGAAAGAAUAGGAGAGCAGCUACAAGGAUGGGAGCCAAACAGAUGAAAUGUCUCAGCUCAUCCAGUCCUACACACACGCCUAAAGAGGAGUACAUUAUCGGGCAGUUUGAAGAACAGCAUGAAGUUGUGGGAAACCACACAGAGCAACCACAAAGUCUGAAUGAUACAGUAAAGUUGUCCAAUGAGCCAACCCCAGGGCCAGAAAACACUGGGACAACAGAUGGGAGCUCCUGGGAGGAGCAGCUUUAUAUCCAGCAGGAGCAGCUGGAGAAGGAGAUGCAGGAGACUAGGAAGAUGGUGACAAGGCUUCAAGCUUUACUUCUUCAUGGGUCACUGCCUGAAGAUGAGCAAACAGCUUCUCUAUUUGGAGACAGUGCUAUCAGUACAGAGCAGCAGCUGAUAUUAAUUCGCAGUCGCCUCGAUCAGAGCAUGGAAGAAUCCCUGGAUCUGAAGAGGGAACUGUUGAGGUACAAGCAGGAGGCACGCAAUCUUCAGGCAGUCAAGGAUACUUUGCAGUACCGCAUGUCAAUACAGGAAGACUCAGUACUUAAGCUUAAACAGGAACUACUCCGAUCCAGUAUGGACAAGGAGGAGCUAGUAGGGCAGAAUAUGGAACUGCAAAGGAAGCUGAGUGAUAGAGACAGACUGCUGAGCGAAUACAAAAAAGAAAUUUCACAAAAAGAGAGACAACUUCAGCAGCAUCACCCUAACCUAGAUGAGUCAGUGUACAAACUCAAUGAGUCUAAUCAUAACAGGGUAUCUAGUUGUGAGAACAAUGGCUACAGCCAUAAGAUGGAAGCAAUCUCUUCACCAUUUCAACACGGAGUGGGUGAUGAGCUGCAGUUGGUGAGGGACGCAUUGCGCAGUCUGAGGAACAGUUUUAGUGGUCAUGAUCCUCUGCACCACACACUGGACACUUUGGAGCAGGGAGUGUCCAGCCUGAUAGACCAUUUCCAUUCCACUGACUCUAAGAAGAGGCAGCAGGAGAGAAAGGGUUUGAACAAAUCACCUGGGAGAAGAGCCAAUCACACUGAUAGAGAGUCAUGGCCAUCUAGUUCAAGAAUACCCCACUCUCACAGUAGUCCUGUGCUCGGCGCCUCAACCUCAACCAAAGUACUCUAUUUCACAGAUCGCUCUCUUACACCUUUUCUAGUAAACAUCCCUAAAAGACUAGGGGAGGUUACACUUCAGGAUUUUAAAGCAGCUGUUGGAAGACACAACAAUUUCAGAUAUCACUUUAAAUCUCUAGAUCCUGAGUUUGGAACAGUGAAGGAGGAGGUGUUCCAGGAUGAUGCUAAAAUACCUGGAUGGGAAGGGAAGAUUGUUGCCUGGGUGGAAGAAGACCAUAGUGAUGGAAGGUAAAU